GUUUCUUUUCUCACUUUUGAUUUUCUUUGUACCCUGUCUCUCUCUCUGUCUUUUUCUUUAUUUCUUGUUUGCUUAACAUAAGUCAUCUUCACAUUUAACUUUAUUUUUUCUAAGUUUUCUUGAAGAGGAUAUUUAGUAUUUUGGGUUGUGUAACACAAUAUCAACCUGGGGUUGCCCUUUUCUUUCUUGUUUCUUCAGUGAAACAUAAAAAAAGCUGAAAUCUUUACAACAUUAUUAUAGUUUUACUAUAGUUUCAUGUAUUUCUGCAUUCAAAAGAAGCUACAUUUUUCUAGUAAGUUCUUGAAUAGGGUCUGUUAACAGCUAGCUGGUUUUGUGUUGGUUUUUUGGGGAUUGUGAUAUCUUGGUUUAGAGGGUUUGUGGGAUUUUGGGUUUUGUGCGGAAAUUUGCACAGCAUUGUGAAGAAGCAGAGUUAUGGCAGGACGUGCAGCAGCACCAAAACAAGAUGAGAAUGUACCACACCCUGUGAAAGAUCAGCUUCCAAAUGUUUCUUACUGCAUUACUAGUCCUCCUCCUUGGCCUGAGGCCAUAUUACUUGGAUUUCAGCACUAUAUUGUUAUGCUUGGCACAACUGUACUAAUCCCUUCAACUCUGGUUCCCCAAAUGGGGGGUGGAAAAGAAGAGAAAGCGAAGGUGAUUCAGACAUUGCUCUUUGUUGCUGGUUUGAAUACACUGACUCAGACUUUGUUUGGUACAAGACUACCUGCUGUUAUUGGAGGCUCUUAUACUUUUGUGCCAACAACACUCUCGAUUGUCCUGGCUGCUCGAUAUAACGAUGCUUUGAACCCUCAGGAGAAAUUUGAGAGGAUAAUGCGAGGGAUUCAGGGAGCCAUGAUUGUAGCUUCAACUCUUCAGAUUGUUAUUGGCUUUAGUGGCCUAUGGCGGAAUGUGACAAGGCUCAUCAGUCCACUCUCCGCAAUUCCAUUGGUAGCUCUAUCAGGAUUUGGAUUAUACGAAUUUGGUUUUCCUCUGGUAGCAAAAUGUGCUGAAAUUGGAUUGCCGCAGCUUAUCGUUCUCAUAAUCUUUUCACAGUACAUACCCCAUUUGAUGAAAGGGGAUAAGCAUGUCUUCGAUCGGUUUGCUGUUAUAUUCUCUGUUGUGAUUGUAUGGGUUUAUGCUCACAUUCUCACUGUUGCUGGUACUUACAAAAAUGCACCAAUGAAGACUCAACUUAGCUGCAGAACUGAUCGUGCUGGAAUUAUCAGUGGAUCUCCGUGGAUUAGAGUUCCAUAUCCAUUUCAAUGGGGAGCUCCCACAUUUGAUGCUGGAGAAGCAUUUGCAAUGAUGGCAGCUUCAUUUGUUGCGCUUGUUGAGUCUACUGGUACUUUUUUUGCCGUGUCAAGGUAUGCCAGUGCAACUCCUAUACCUCCUUCUGUCCUUAGCCGUGGUGUAGGUUGGCAGGGUGUUGGCAUAUUGUUCUCAGGAAUAUUUGGAACCGGAAAUGGCUCAACUGUAUCUCCGGAAAAUGCUGGCCUGCUGGCAUUAACCCGUGUUGGGAGCAGGAGGGUUGUUCAAAUAUCUGCUGGUUUCAUGAUCUUCUUCUCGAUUCUUGGGAAAUUUGGAGCUGUCUUUGCGUCAAUCCCUGCACCAAUAGUUGCAGCAUUGUAUUGUCUCUUCUUUGCCUAUGUUGGUUCAGCUGGUCUCAGUUUUCUCCAGUUCUGCAACUUAAAUAGCUUUAGAACAAAGUUCAUUCUAGGAUUCUCAGUUUUCAUGGGCUUAUCCAUUCCACAGUACUUCAAUGAAUAUACAGCAAUAAAUGGAUAUGGUCCUGUUCAUACUAGAGCUAGAUGGUUCAACGACAUGAUUAACGUGCCCUUCUCGUCGGAACCAUUUGUUGCUGGUUCAUUGGCAUUAUUCCUGGAUGUAUCGCUGCACCGAAAAGACGCUGCAACAAGGAAGGACAGGGGCAUGCCAUGGUGGGAUAAAUUCAAGUCAUUCAAAACAGAUACAAGAAGUGAAGAAUUCUAUUCAUUGCCCUUCAAUCUCAACAAGUUUUUCCCAUCUGUAUGAUUGAAGGAAUAUAUAGAUAAUCCAAACUUUAUAGUCCCUCAAUAACUCAUUGUGGGUAUCAAUUUAUUAACCAAACAUUUUGUAUUGCCCCUUAAUCUUCUUGUUUCCAGUAAAGUUUAAGCAUCAGUCUGAAUGAGUGACUUGUUUACUGAACAAUACACUCCUAAUGCUGUUUGUUACAGAGGUAAUGCACCAAGUAUAUGCCUAUCAAUUAAAAUUCGUACAAAAAGGUAGCUUUAUUAUGAGUUCUCUGCGUUUUGCACC